AUUUACAUCAAUAUUCACUUAUUAAUAAUUAAUAGUAAAAAGUAAAUAAUGUUUAAUUAGGGAAAUUAUUUUUAUUAAUUAAACAACAACCAGUCAUCACGUAACAUCGGAUCAUAAAAUAUAACCAUAAUUUUAAAUAUUUUGUGACCCAACAACUAACAAUGACCAAAAGAAAUCAGGCUCAACGGAAAAUGUAUCCCACAUGCUCCAUCAGAAUGCUGCCAAACGACCUGCUGAUGCAGAUCUUCCGAUGGCUCCCUCAGUACGCCAUGCUGCCAGCGACGCAGGUAUGCUCGCGUUGGAAUUCGCUUAUUUGUCGCAGCGAGCUUCUGGAUAACUUCAUGCUUCGAAUUAACCCCUCGAUGGAAGAGGAGGACGUCUGCCUGGAGUAUGGGUACUAUUUGAGUCGUUCGGUUCGGCGAUACCGGAAGCUAAUGAUCAUGAUUCAAGACCAACGGUCCUUCAUGGUGGCAGUGCUGGCACUGCGCAAAUUUGGACAGCAUUUGAACGAACUUAGCCUUACGUUGGACCAAUGCCUUGUCCCGACCUACCUGCAGAUGCACUAUGGCCGGAUGAAGGAGAUUGAAAUGGGUUUGGAAGAAUACGAUCGUAUGCUGUGGGACCAGGAGGUGGAUAGCUAUGAUCGCUGUCUGCUUCCGAUUGCCCAGCAUCCGAAGGAUGAGAAACCGGACCUUGACGAUGAAGAAGUCGACUACCGACGAAUCGAGGAAGUUUUCCUGGCCUUCACGUACCGUUACUGCUUCCGGUUGGAGAAGCUGACGAUCAGACAUAUCAAAAACUACAAAGACACCCGGACGAAGGUUCUACUGUACGAGGGAAAUGAAAUGGAGCAUCUGAAAGAGUUGGAAAUCUACGGCACGGGUUUCAUCGUCCUGGCGGAUUCUACUUCGUUGCGGAAGCUUACGGUGGAUGGAGUGACCAGUGGGCUGCCCUUCUACAGGGGUUUCCGGUAUGCAUUCCCACUGCUGACUCAUCUGGACAUCUCGAAUGAUAUGCAGUUUGACAACGCAAGUCUGUGGGCGAUUUCGAAGCGAUGCCCUCAGCUCGAGGAGCUGACAUUUGUUUCCGAUCGGAUCACGCGGCACGGAUUCUAUUACAUUCAUCGGCUGCAGCAGCUGAAGAAGUUGUCCAUUACGCUGCAAGGGAAGCAACCGGAGUGCACCUUCGACGGGUGCCAGGCUCUUCCGGUGGAGAAUUUGUUCAUAUCGUCCCACGAGCUGCGAGUGGAAACCAUCCAGGAGAUGUUGGCGAAGAACGUCAACCUGAAGGAGUUUGUCGUGCGCACCAUGCGACGUAUUGAGUACAAUAUGCUGAACCUGUUGCAUCAGAUUAGACCGGCCUGUCAGUUGACCUACCUGCAGAUGACGACGGCCGUGUGAGAAACUGCGUGUACGUAAGUGUUUAUAUUUGUUUGAAAAUGGUCAUUAUUUUCUCUUUUAUUUUCUGACUACAUUGAUCUGUAUUACUUAAGCUACCUACAGUUAUUUUUUGGACCAAGAGAAGAAAAUAGUAGGUAGAUAAAUUCAUGGAUUUUUCUGAAUAAGUUUUUUGUUACUUAUUUUUAACUUUGAUUCACAGUAAAGUUAUAACUGCAAUAAACGAAAUCAUCGUAACAUGUUUAAAACAAGAACAUAUGUCAAAGUCACAAACAAAUCAGUUAAAAAAUAACGAUGUGUAUAAAAUCAAAUGCGAUUUAGUCCAAGGUAUCAACGCAGGG